CAACAUCACUUGAUUAGUGUUUUCCUUGCUUUCUUUCUUUUCAUUUCCUUAGCAACUGUUCUUGUGUCGUGCUUCACUUGAAAGCUUGUUAUGUUAGUAUUUGCCUAAUGACUUCAAUUCACAAGUUUAUGAUCGUUGAUUCAAGCAUAUAUUAUUGGUUAGUUUAGUGGCAAAUAAAAUGGCAAUGGCUGAGCCUCUUAGUAUUAUAACUCUAAGGAAUAAGCUGAAGACACUUUGUGCUGUGGAUGGUUGGUCUUACGUCAUUUUCUGGCACAUUCAUCCACAAAAUUCCUUAUUGUUGACCGUGGAAGAUGUACAUUAUGAAGAUCAACUAGGAGAGGAGAUUGUCAACACUGUUCCACAGGUUUAUUCAAUGGCCGAAGGAAUUGUUGGUCAAGUUGCUUUGACUGGCAAGCACAAAUGGGUGGAUUCAGAUGGUCAAAUGUGCGAGGAUGAUUAUGGUUUGCAUCAACAGUUCUCAUCUGGGAUAAAGACAGUUGUGGUGAUAUCUUUUAAACCAUGGGGAGUGAUACAAUUUGGAUCCAAAAACAAGAUUUUGGAGAGAGUGAAAUUUGUGGAACAAACAGAAACAUUGCUAAGGGGGAUACAAUAUGAGGAUAUUCUUGAUGAAUUAAAUACUACAGUUCUAUCUGUGGAUUGUGAAAAUUAUGAUUUAAAUGGACUGUUAGCUUCCAUUUCUUCCGAAAAUUUGUAUGAUUGGAAUUUCAAAUCUGUUAAUGUUGACAACUUUGAAAUGCUAUUGGAAAAUCCUUGUUCCUUUGCAAAUCUUAAUGAUUCCUUCCCUUCCAUGGGUACGAUUCUUGAAGAAGGGACAACACCAAUGCUUGGAUUUUCCUCUCAUCAUUGCGACCAAUUGACACCUUCCAUAGAAGCUCAAGCACUAUUUUCAGAUAGGGAUAGUAUUGAAUACUCUUUAAACAACUUAUUUGCUAGAAAACCCAGUUUUGGCACAUGGAGUGGCGAAAUUUCAUCAUUGGAUUCACAGGGGCAACAACCGGUAUCUGAAAGAAGGAUUCAAGUUGUUGCGGAUGUGCACUGUAAAGAGGCAAAUGCAUUGUGUAGUAACAAAGUUGCAACUCAGAAUUCAAAAUUGACCUCUUUAUACAGUGUGAAUAGACUGUUAGACCCAAUAGGCCAAUUUCAAGACCACAUGGGAAAUUCACUAGAUAUCCAACAUUCUGCUGAAUCUAGUAUUGUAAGAAAAGUUAAUUAUCCUGAUAGUUUCAGUAUGAUGCAUGAACUCUCCAAGGACUUAGAACAAGUCGAUGCCUUAGAAGAAUUUUCAAAUUUCUUUUGCAUGGAUGAUUUUUGCCACUUGUUAGCUCCUUCUCCAGACCCCAGCAUUUAUGGAACAAUGACUUCAUUGGACGAGUCACUAGAAUUUAAUCCCACUUCUUUUGGUCUGGUUGAUAAUAGUGCCACUGAUUUUGUUUCAGUUACAUGUCAAGCUGUUCAAAAUAAUAGUUGCAUCAUAGCUUCAACCAACUUGGAUGGUCAAGAAACAUCUACAGUCAUGCAUAGUUCUGAAAACAGUCUCUUAGAUAUCAUGGGACAUGAUUUAAGCUUUGACCAAGCUAAGGAUUGGUGGGGUAGUAUGGCUAUGCUUCCGCCGGUGGUGAGUGUUGCUACUACUGUUACUACUACUGACACUGCUUUCUCUGAUUGUGCUCCAGAGUUGAAUGUUGGUACAGUAGGUGAAUCUAGGAAGAGAUUAUUCUCAGAGUUGGGAAUUGAAGAGUGUUUGAAUGGUUCUAAUUUUGAAGAUCAAUUAUCAACCAAUAGAAAGCAGAGGACAGAACAUUCACCUGUGAAUAGAAAUUCAAAAAAGCACUUGGUAAGUCAGACUUUGGCUCAGCCUGUUCCUAAAUUGGACAUGACAAACAAUCUUUUGCACAAGAAAGAGAUAUUUCAAAAGUCAGUGGAACAAAAUAAGGUCACCAAGAAGAGGGCUAAUCCAGGUGAAACAAGUAGACCAAGACCGAAGGAUCGUCAGAAAAUUCAAGACUGCAUUGGAGAGUUGAGAGGGAUCAUCCCCAAUGGUGGAAAGUGUAGCAUUGAUUCUUUGUUAGACCGAACCAUCAGGCACAUGAUAUUCUUACAAAGCAUCACCAAGUAUGCAGACAAGCUAAAAGAACCCAAUAAGCCUAAGCUCAUUGAGAGGGCAAAUGGGAAGGUUAAUAAAGACAGUGAAGUGGGAGAUAGCAAAAAAUGUGGUAGUGGUGUUACAUGUGCAUUUGAAGUGGAAGGUCAAACAAUGUUAUGCCCAAUUAUAGUGGAGGAUAUGGGCCCACCUGGCCAAAUGCUUAUAGAGAUGCUUUUUGAAGAGCAGGGUUCCUUCCUUGAGAUAGUGGACAUCGUUGGAGGAUUUGGGUUGAAUAUCUUGAAGGGAAAGAUGGAAAUCAGGGAUAAUAAGAUAUGGGCACGCUUUAUAGUUGAGGCGAACAAACAUGUAACGAGGAUAGAUGUAUUUUGGUCCCUCAUCCAUAUUCUACAGCAGAAAAACACAUCUGGAACGGAUUCAGAUAAUAAGCUUUGUAAUAUUAACGAUGUUGGCUUCUCUUCAAUGGACAAAUUUGCAAAAAACAGACAUGCUAGUACUACCCAUGGUCAAGAUACUUGGAUGACUGUCAAUUAACUGCUCGCUAGAGGAGGAUCAACAUGAAAUAGAAAAUAGAUAUAUAGGAUUAAGACACAAAAUGGGUAAUUUUUAUGCCCAUGUUAUGUAAGUGGUGAAGUGUGAGUACAAUAUGGUAGUUUAAUAUUGUAAUUGGGUUGAACUAGAUAAUUUCACUUAGGCUAACCAUAUAUACUUCCCUAGCCUAUAUUUUAUGCCGUUUCUUUUCAUGAUGUAGUACAGUAAUACUGAAGAAAAAUAGAAGAUUGAUUAUGUU